AUGCACCUGCCGGAGUUCGGAUGUGCUGGCGACCUGAGGACAGAGGAGAAAUGUGAAGCCCACUAUGAGGAUAUUGCAGUGGCUGGGAUCUGUGCUGCUGGAGCUAACCCUUACCACAAACUCCUCAUUGCUACUACUCUAUCUGGUGCUGAUCCCCCACCGGAGUUUUCUCCCUUUAUUUAUUGUGAUACGGACCCAGCCUCACAGACUGAGGGUAGGGUUGUCCUAGAGAUCGUGAACCUCCCAUCGGACCGGCAGACUGAAUUCAACAUCCAGUUCGACCCUCCGACUUCUCUGUACUAUACUCGGAUAACGGUGACACUGAGGGCGGCAGAGAGCUUGGGGAAGCAGGCCAAGAUUGUGGUGUACUUCGCGGGCUGGAAUCAGACGCAGCGAGCCCUGACGUUUUCUCUACGGGAUGGUCUCACUUUGGAGUCCGGCCGGGAGGUGUCCUUCACUUCGCAGCCAGGGGAGUUCGUGCUUCCUGAGGAGGUCGAGGCUAACCAUGCAGGGUUCAUGGUCGAGGCUAGGAGUAGCGAUGAUUUGGAUGAGAUCAUUCCCAAGACCAGCGUCUUCCAAUCUGACUAUGUCCCUGGAGUCCGCAAGUUCGGAGUGUCCGAGCUGAACUACUCCAGUGUGGAGCCUUACGCUGUCGUUGAUGUCGUGCUUACGUUCACGUGCAGUAGACCUCUAUUUGAGGGUGAGGCUAGCCUGUAUUUGUCUCCGUCCCUCUGGUCUGGGUGUAUGACAGGUUGGCGGACUAUUUUCGAGGCUCAAUCGGACGCUUCCAUCUCCCCUCGAAUGAGCUUCAGCUGGAGGUCAAUCGACGCAUGCGCGGUCCUGUUGAAUGCUACUGCCACACCAGAAGAGGAGACCCCGAUCAGCCUAGGGAUGCGCAAUCUUAAGCUACCGGGCGCACUGUAUGAGAACGACCCGUCCCUGCAGCUCCGCAACAGCGAUCAGAUGUCCACUCCGCAGAGCGUUCAGAAAUCUCCUCGAGUGGGCGAGCCCCUGUUGGACUCUGGUGAGGUUAAGACCUUCCUGGUGUCGGAGCUCUCUUUCUCCCCGGCGGAAGCAAAUAACCCGUCUACUGUUGAUCAGAUCAUGAUACGGAUGAGGCCCAGUAUCAUCCUGUAUCAACGAAACACAGUUGUACUUAGCAUGUAUGGCUUCAGACUCACGAGCCUUAAGCUGCCGUCCAAGCUGUCGGAAGGAGACGGUCUCAUCACGAUAGAGGCUCUGGGGUGUUACAUCAAGAGGGAGCCGGUCAAGGGUGUACCUGCUGUUGGUCCUCCCAAAUACAUGACGGAGUCGAAGUUAUUGUUCGAGCCUGCGCAGCCCAACGCUCAGAGCAGGCUGGAGGCCAGCCUCAAUGAGGGAGAUCCUAGCGGGUAUAUCGAUCUCAGUGGGGUCAAUGCACCGUUGUUUGAGGGCUCGCGGGGCCUAUGGGAGAAUGGCGAGCAGCUCCUCACUGUCGUGGUGGAGGCGCUCAUGAUCCAAGCUGGCCGUCGGAUUCGCUUUCUAGUCGAGCAGGAUCAGGGCUUUGUCUUGCCGUAUGCGAUGUAUCAGACUGACCCUAGUCUCUAUAUAUAUGGAGAGGGCGAAGUAGCGUACCCUAGCACUGUGUCCACCAUCCUUAUUACACUACGACCGAACGUCGUGCUCCUGCAAGGCUCAGUGGUGCGUCUACAUCUACCAGGUUUCCAAUGCCCGACUGCAAGGCCUCAGUUGAGUCCUCCCUCUACCAACCGUCUUGACCCUGGCUAUAAGCGCUUUAUGACUACUGAUGGGAGCUCCUACUAUGGUAGCUGGAACGCUACAUUGGAGGUGCUGGACUUGGAGGUCUCGCCCGGCCAGAGUGUCCCUAGCGAUGCUUCUACUGUGGUCCGACUUGGUGCGGACGUUGCUGCAUUCCGGCUACCCCCGAUGAUGUCAGAGAAUGAUGGUAGGCUGAGGGUAGAGGUGGCGAGGGGACAGAUUAUAUUCCCUGAGAAGAUCAAGCAUAGUCCAAUGGUGGUCCCGCGAACCUUUGAGGUUUCUAAAUUCAUAUACGAGCCAAGAGAGGCAUUACGGACGUUCCGGAUGACCAUGACGCUGGUCCCGACUGUCGCCAUCAAUAUGGGCAACCCCAUAAUCAUCAAGUUGUCGGAGUUCUGGAACAUCGAUCGUGCGGCCAGAAGUAUCCAUCUCACGGGAAGGGAUGCCCAUCUGGUGGAGGAAACCACUGCGCUGUGGGACCAAGAUGCUAUGGAACUCACUCUGCCCAUCGCACCUGGGAAGGUUGUCUCGGAGUUCACCGAGUUGAAUUUCCAGAUUGAAGAGAGUCAGGGUUUCCUCCUACCUCGAAGCCUGUACAAAAACGACCCCAGAUUGACGAUACGGUCAGUGGGCAACAUAUUGGAGGAGCCAGUGAUGGAAUCUCCAUUGGUGGGGGAUGGUCCCUACGAUGAACAGCAGUACUGUGUGUACCAAUUCGAGAGGGGCAUAAGUGAGAGGGAGCUGGCUCGGUGUCUGUGUCCACGGCUGCAUGAGGAACCUGCUGACCUGACCGUCUCUGGUUUCAACUUAUAUGAAAGUGAUCGGAUUGUGGUUAUCGAUGAGAAUGAUGAAUGCACUGCUGAUGUGGAGGCACGGAUGUCCCUGGCAUGGUUGAUCCCAGAGGCUCCCAGCGUGAACGAGGCGAGGACUCAGCUCAGUUUUGCCAAUGUUCGGGCAAUAGAGACGGGGUAUUUUCGGAUUUGCAUCAUUCACUUCGAAGAGGUGUUUGAUGUUGGGCGUAUUGUGGUACGGCCUAGAUGCGACCCACCGAGCGUCAUGCUCCAAGGAGCUUGCUUGAAGCACUGUCCAACUACUACCGUCCCUAUCGCUGGCCAAUGCCGACCGGUGGGACAGUUGAUGGAGCCUAUCACUUCGUUGGAAGAGGAGAGUCAGGCGGUUAUGGUAUCGCUACGAAUGAGGUACCCGGGUGCUGAUAGCAAGGGCCUUGUCAAUCUGUCUCGAGACGAUCCGGUCCGGGACUACUUCGACUAUCGUUUUACGUACGAGUUGGCAGGCAUCCUAGACACGGACCCUAGCAGGUUUCAUAUGGUGCAGAUUUCAAGGAACUCCACUACUGUGGAGGCUGACCGUAUCAUCGUGAGCGUGGUGUUGAAGCCGGUCGGCUCGACGAGGUCCUGGUUGGAGGGGAGAGUCAUGGAGGAUGAGGCCACAGUGAGAUGGAGACAGAAGCGUCGGACGAGGCUGCGUCGGGAGGGGACAUGGCAUGUUCCUCGUCUUACCAUGCGGCCUGUCUCGCACAAUGUGCCCUUUAUAGAUCGGAUGUGGGUUAAUGUGAGAGCUGGACGGGGAGGCGACCCCAAACCUAAAACUAAGAGGACCUAUGGUUUCAAAGGCCCAGGGUACGGUGGUCACGGUGGGCACGUGUUCAUACGCUGCACUGACCAGAUAGACAGCCUCCUCAGUGUGAAGCAAGAGGUGCAUGCCAAGAACGGUGGCAAUGGGGGAGAGGUGAAUCCAUACGGCAGAGGUAUUCACGGUGAUGAUUGCACGAUAUAUGUGCCUCCGGGAACGAUCGUUAGGGAACGAAUAAAAACCGGUCACAAGUCCGAUGCGAAUCGUAGUGUCCAUAGGUCACGGUUCUUGUACCAAUUCCUCGCUGAUAAGGAGAUGAUAAGGAUAUGCAGAGGAGGCAAAGGCGGAGUGGGGUAUAGCAGUUUUAAGAAGCAUGAUGGGCGUAUGGGAGCACCCGGCGAAGGCAAGAAACUCGAGCUGGAACUGAGAGUGCUCACUGAUGUUGCAUUGUUGGGAAAGCCCAAUAGUGGCAAGAGCUCCAUCGCCUCAUCAGUGUGCCGGAUGAUGACCAGAAUAGGCCCUGAGGAGUACUCGACGAUCCGACCUCAUACUGGGGUCAUACGGUUCCGAGAUGGUGUGAACAUUAAGAUAACGGACUUGCCAGGCAUCAGCGAGGGAGCGGCUGAGGAUAGGCUUCGGGGACUGCGAGUUCUUCGACACAUGUACCGAGCUAGGCUUCUUGUGUAUGUUAUUAAGAUGGGCAAGGGUCCAGAUGUAGUGGGUACGUCGGAAGACCCUCUGGAGGACUUCGAGGUUGUAUACAAUGAGGUUAUGAAGCACGAUAAAACAUGGAAUGAGCACAGGAAAUGGAUUGUGUGCGCUACCAUGUGUGACAUGCUGCACAAGGAUUCCCUGUUCCACUUGGACUCGCUGUACUUCCGUCUGCGUGCGCGCUUCCCUGAGGUGGUCGUCAUCGGCACCAGCGCCCGCUUUGGUCUUGGUAUCAAACGGCUCGUGGACGAGAUCAGGACACAGUUGUAUCCGAACGCAUUGGUGCCUAGUUUCCGUGAAAGGCAAGUUCCCAUUCAUCGGCUCAUAGCCCCUUCGGCUGAGGAAGUACAGCAGAUUACUGAGGAGUUUUACGCUGCUGGUCGGUACAGCCUGUUGGAAGCCCAAGCACAGGAGGACGGCCUUAAGGUAUACCUCCCUGAAGACGAGGGCUCGAGGGUGGCAUUGGGCAUCCCUGCAAGUAUGGAUAGGCUUGCAUCGAGAGAGGGGCCUGUGCACUGUAUAGAAGCUUGAAUGCAUGCUUUUGUAU